UUCCAGUGACUCUCCCUUGCCUGUGACUUCACGUGUCUGUUUUGUAAAGUUCCUUGAGUCUGAGUCGGUGGGAGUUUCCCAGCACCUGACGAACACCGUCUUCGUGGACCGAGCCUUGAUCGUGGUUCCUUUUGCUGAAGUGGACAAGUCAUUUGCAGAGAGUCCCUUCCUUGCUGGCUGAAAGUGGUCCUCUGCUGCCAUCAGGACAUUAGAAAAAAUAAUGGCACCAGGCUCGCAAGCCCCCUUCUCUCUCUUGUUCUGCAGUAAAAUAUUAACUCUUUAUUUUUUUUUUCUCUCUCUGUUCAAGGCAUCUUUUCUUUAAAAAAAAAAAAAAUUAGCCACACAACUCUUAAGCUAAAUGAGGGGGUUGGGGAGAGGGUGCAGGGAAAUCUCAAUUUCUCACACAUUCAAAGGAUUUUAAUAUUUUCAAAUUAAAUGUGUGUCGAUUUGUAGGCAUGCACCAAAUUAGGGAUGCCCCGAGCAGAUAUGUGCUGGAUUGGCAUGGAGGCCACAAUUUUUAAUUAAUUGGUGUUGACUUCAAGCUUGAACCAGUUCUAAUCCUCUGUUUAUAUUUUAUCCUUUUGCACUGCUGUCUCUCAUUCCAGACUGUUUGCCACGAUGUUGGUGUAAAGAGUUAUUUGUGGCACAACAAAAUCAAGGACAGAGCAUAAUAUGAAAUGAUAGAUGAUUUUCUGUCAUCAGAUGAUACAUGAUGUCAUAUCACACAGAACUAAUUGUCUUUUAAAUCAGGUAUGCUGUGUAAUUUGUUAUGUUGCACUUAAUUUGUUGCCACAGCAGAUCCACUCUGAUGCUCCUUCGUCUGUUGAUAAUACUUGGAACACAGGAAAACUAUUAAAGGCCCUGUGCGUACACACUGGUGUUUUCAGUUACUGGCUGAUUAGAUCUAUGUAGGUUCAAGUUGAGUGCAUCUGUGGUGGGUGUUUGUUUAGCUCAUCACACUCCAGGGCUAACUUGGCCCGCUCUAACAGGUGCAAUAAAACAACAAUGGAGUGAACGAGAUGUCAGAGAAGUACUGCCUUACAGGUCUCGAUACAGUGAGGUGGGGCCCUGUUCAGUCCUCUGAAAGCUACUUGGUGACGUAUAAAACCAACCUGGAUAUAAAAUGACCCACAUCUUCCACGCCGUGAGGCCCAUAGAGCAGGUGCACUAGGGUCUCUGCUUGCUGGUUAGGUAACUUCCGGUUUAGCUUCCUGCUAACUUGCACGGGAUUAAUCAUGUUGCUCCUCCGGACUUUUCAAAUGUUAUCAGACCGAUGAGAUCGAAUUCAGAUGUUGAAUUGAGUCAUUUCACGGGACGUUGCGUCAUGUAAUGGUAUAAUUACAUAGUUUGGCCUCUUUGUCAAAUUGACUUUAAAGCCUGGCACUCUUCCAGGGGACAUGGUCAACACUGCUGAGGAGAGGUCUAAUCAGCCAAAUAAGAGAAAACCCCUGCAUGGGUGUACUGACAGUCUGGAUUUGCCUUCUUAAUGCACAGCUGUUCAUCAAACAUAUGUAGACUGGACUAUCUUAAUAAAUGUGAUCUUGGCUGGCUAGGCUAAGUACAGACUGCACAAAUGCAUCACAAAAGAAAAAUAUAAAUACUGGACCAGGAAUUGGUAUAGGCAAAAUCCUAAUAUUAAAUGACUCAGUCUGGGGGGGAAUAAUGUUCGGGACAUCCCUACACCAAGCACAAAGCAUGCAAUAUAGAUCAACUAAUCAGCUGUGCAUGCUAGAAUAGUUUCUGAAGGUGUGUGCCAUCAUCUACACAGUUAGUUUCAGCAGAUAUGGUGGAAGGUAAUAAGCACAUAAUUUGGUUAUUAAUUAUGAUAAGCACACAAAUUUCAUUUGGCAUUUAUUUGCUUCAUGUGCCAAACCCUUGUAUUAUAUCACACUGUGCAUCUGUUUUUCCAAAUUUUCACUAACAUGAGAUAAAAGCAGUUUUAAGCCUCUGCUUGAUGUUGCAGUAAAAAAAAAAUGCUUUUUAUUGACCCUCUCCACACAUGACUCUGAAAGAGUUGAGUGACUCUCACGUUUAACAGUGGUGUUUCUUUUGUUGUUGUGUUUUACAGUUCUUUUUCCUGGUUCAGCCAGCCCUAUAUACCAGGCCCUGCUGAAAAUGCCACCAACAGUUUUGUCUUCUGCAGCCUUAUCCUGUUUCUCAAGUGUCCUUUCUGUUGUGUGUGUGCGUGUGUGUUUGUGCGUGUGCGUAUGUGUGUGUGUCUCUCUCUCUCUCUCCCUCUCUCUCUCUUUCUCUCUCUCUCUCUCCCUCUCCCUCUCUCUCCCUCUUUCUCCCUCCCUCCCCUUUUAAAAUGUCAGAUUGAAAAAAUAGCCUGUUGCAGAUAGCACAACCAUGGAUGAUCAUCUCCAUAAGAUUUUCCCUUUGAUUUUACUGUUUGGUUUUUCUUCAGCUUUGGGCACAUUUUUCUUGAUUUUUAUCACAGCUUUGCUGGCAAUAGCACUUAACUGUUUAGUGCAGUUUAUCUUUGACAUUGUUUAGUGUUUUGUUUUUUUGUUUUUGUUUUCUUUUUUUUUUUGGUAAGUGACAUACUGUUGGCUAAAACCUAGCAGUGCUGUAACUUGUUAGCAGUACUUUUUUCUGGUUGCCAAGUAAGUUUGUUUUGUGGUGGGAUUGUACAAAGUAAAUGCCAACAAAAGCCCAGAAAAGGUAAUAUGACUGAACCUUUUCUGUUUUUGUAUUGGUAAUGGUAAGUGAUGUUGAAAUGUAUCCUUGUGUCUACACCCAAAUCAUGAACUUGUUUUCUGUAUCUCAAUGUUUUUGUGUGCUUUAUAGCGAAGCAGACGGCGUGAGUCGCUUGUUCUUAAAACAUCUAAUGAAAGUUGAGAGCACAUCCCACGGGACAACUGGCUGUGCUUGCUUACGUUUGGUUCAUGACUUAAAAAACAAGUACAGGAGUCAUUCCAGAUGAAUCUAAAGCUAUGUCGCUGCUGGCUCCAGCCAAUGCCGUGGCAGGAAUGAUGCCAGGGGGAGGCCUUCUUCCGACACCCAAUCCUCUAGCAACAAUGGGAGGGACGCCGUUUGGAGGUCUUGGCGCUCCCAACAUGGAGCAAAUGGCUGCCAUGGGCAUGCCGGGACCUAACAUGAACCCCCAGGCUCUUUCUGCAGACUUCCUCAAGCUGAUGCAGUCCAUGGACCCCAAACUGAAUCCAUUAGCAGCUGGACUGAACUUGAGUCCAGGGCUGAAGACUGAUGCCUCCAAUAAGGAGAUUGAAGAGGCCAUGAAGAGAGUGCGAGAGGCUCAGUCUCUCAUUUCUGCAGCCAUCGAACCUGGAAAUAAGAAGGACGACAAGCGUAAACGUUCUCGCUCCCGUUCGCGGUCACGCCGCAGGCGGUCCAGAUCUCGCUCAAGACACAGACGUUCAAAGAGCAGGUCUCGGAGGAGGUCCCACUCAAGGAGUAGGAGGAGGUCCAAGAGUCCACGGAGGAGGAGGACCCAUUCGCGGGAUAGAAGCCGUCGCAGUAGAUCAAGGGACAGAAGGAAGGAGGAAAAGUCUAAGAAAAGGUCAAAGACGCCACCGAAGAGCUACAGCAGCGCCAGGAGGUCUCGAAGCAUCAGUCGGAGGCGAAGGCGUAGCCGCACUGCAUCUCGGUCCCCCAGGAGGAAGUUGUCCAAGUCUCCGUCGCCCAGGCGUCACAAGAAAGAGAAAAAGAAGGACAAGGAGCGUGAGAAGGACCGGGAUAGAGACCGGAGGGAGGACAGGGACCGGAGCAGAGACGAAAGAGAACGAUCCAGCAGUAAGAAGAAGAGCAAAGACAAGGAACGUGACCGAGACCGCAAGUCUGAUAGUGAGAAAGGAGACGUUAAGGUGACCCGUGAUUACGAUGAAGAGGAGCAAGGUUAUGACAGUGAAAAAGAAGGUGAAGAGGAUGAAGAUGAGAGGAAGAGCGACUCUGACUCUGCCUCAUCCCCAAAAGGCCAAGAGGAGAUGGAGAGAUCUGAGGGCCAAAUCCCCAAGAAGUCCAAGUUAAAUGGAGACGACCACCAUCAGGAAGACAUGGAGAUGAGUGACUAAGAAAAUCCAGAACCAGACGGGGUUGUCUUUCCUCUGUCCUCUUUUAUAUUUUUAAUAAUAGGCCACAAUGUGUCUGUGCCUGAUAAAAGUAAAAAACAGUUUUGUUGUCUUAACUAUAGAAGUUUUGGGGGGGGGGGGGGGGGGGGGGGGUUUAGGCGGAAAGCAGUCAAAUAACUUUUGUAAAGACAAGAAGACAAAGAUGAAAAUAUGAAUAACAUGAGACAUGGUUUUUAAUUGUCGUUGCUGUACUUUUUUAAGAUUCUCUUGAUUUUUUUUUUUUUUUCCUUUCUGUUGCCAUUGUGUUGAAGCUUUGUCCUCCUGACGGUAGAAUACACAGAAUUUUCCCUUAAAAUGUUCUCUGUAAAUAUUUUACUAGUCGGGAGUCCUUUCCUCAUACUGACUGCCACUCACCACCAGGCAUUUUUUUUAUUAUUCUUUUUGUUUAAUUUUUUGCUUCAACUGUAAUGCAACGAGUCGUGUUUCAGCUGAUCUUCCCAUUUACAUCCCUUUGUAAGUGUACACUGUAGAUUGAAAUGUGUUGUUGCGAUGAAAAUACUUUGUCUGCAAUAGGUUUUCCAAAGGAAACGAAUAAAAUUGGGUCAAACUGUCAA